CGCCUCGACUGGUCGAGCAGCGAGGAUGACACUCGCAUGUGCAAGUACAAGGGCAAGUCGGAGGAGGUCUGCCAGAACUACAUCAAGGUGCUGGCGAAGCUGGGCGACGAGCGGCUGCUCGUCUGCGGGACAAAUGCCUUCAAGCCCAAGUGUCGCACCUACCAGUACGGACCGAUGCACAACUACCUCGUCCAUGGGGAGAAGAGCGGCGAGGCGCUCUGUCCGUACGAUCCCACCUACCCCUCAACUGCCACAUUUUACGAAAAGAACCUUUACGUGGCGACGGUGGCCGGCUUCACAGGCGCCGAUCCGCUCAUCUACCGAGAGCCACUGCGAACGGAGCAGUUUAAUCCCAAACACCUAAACGCACCGAGUUUCGUCAGUUCCUUUCCCCACAGUAGCCACGUCUACUUCUUCUUCCGUGAAUCGGCCGUCGAGUACAGCAGCUGCGGCAAGGCGACCUUCUCCAGAGUGGCCCGCGUCUGUGCCCGCGACAACGGUGGUCCGCACAAGUUUCGUGCCCGUUGGACAUCAUUCAGCAAAGCGAGACUACAGUGCGCCAUAGGAAGCAAUGAUGAAUUUCCCUUCUACUUUAAUGAGAUUCAGGCCACCUCGGAGAUCAUCAAGGGCAACUACGGCGGCCGGAACGAGCAGCUGAUCUACGCCGUCUUCACCACGGCGCCCAACAGCAUCGGCGGCUCGGCGGUGUGCGCCUUCCGCAUGGAGGACAUUGAGGCGGCCUUCCGGGGGCCCUUCAAGGGCCAGAAGGACAUUGACUCCAAUUGGAUGGCCGUGCCGAACGCUCGGGUGCCCUCCCCGCGGCCCGGCGAGUGCUCCAACGACUCGCAGUCCCUUCCAGAGAUGACGGUCAACUUUGUGAAGGAGCACCCGCUGAUGGACCACCCGGUGGCGCCCGCCUUUGGCGGCGGGCCGCUGCUGGUGCACACCAGCCUCAGGGCGCGGUUCACCGCCGUCGCCGUCGAUCCGCAGAUUGAGACCGCCACCGGAAAGGCCUACGACGUCCUCUUCAUCGGCACCGACAACGGCCGCGUCCUGAAGGCGAUCAACGCGGCGAGCAACGCCGUGGUCCCGCCGGCGGCGGGCAGUCAGCAGAUGCACGGCGCCGUCGCGCCGGUCAUCAUCGAGGAGAUGGUCAUCUUCGCCGACGGCGCCCCGGUGACGCAGAUUCUGGUCCACCACACGUACUACGACGCCAAGUUGGUGGUAAUCUCGCCGGACUCGAUUCGUUCCGUCCGCCUGCACCACUGCAAGGCGAAGACCUGCGGCGAGUGCGUCCGCCUGCAGGAUCCCUACUGCAGCUUUGACCUGCAGCAGCAGAAGUGCACCAGCUCACGGUCUCGUUACUGGAACCGCGACAAUUACGUUCAAAAUAUUGAACAGGGCUGGGACCCGCGUUGUCCUGACGGUCGGCCUGAAGCCGGAGGAGGUGGUAAUGCUCCGCCUGAACUGGGUGGAAAUCUGUACAAUGAGGCUGCUGAAGACUACGCAAAUGGAGGCGGAGGUGCCAAUGGAGGCCUGGACGCCUCGGUGAUCGACCCUAGCCGGUCCAGCGACGCCGGCGGCAGCGCCUCUGGUGGCGGCCCCAGCGCAGUGCCCAUCUACUCCAGCGAGACCUUCGCCCUGGCGGUGGUCACCUCGGUAGUGACCUCGCUCGUCUUUGGCUUCAUCAUCGGUUACAUCUUCAGUCGGCGGUGUCGGAAGGAAGACCCGGGCAUCUGCUCGCCGUACGACGACCCGCACAGCUACCUCGAUCCGCACAGUGCCCACCACUUCGCCAACAGCCUGGGCAUCAAUGGCGGCGGCCUGGGCGGGCCGACGCUGACCCGUUUGGUCGGCGGCGGUGUUGGUGGUGGCCACCACGGGCCGCCCUCCAUGGGCGCCCUCUAUGGCAGCCACGGGCCGCUGGACCACCACGCCUACUCGGCAGGCAGUGGCGGCGGGGGCGGUGGUACCCUCGGCCAUGGGGCCGGUCCCCACGGCGGGGGCGGAGUGCUGGUGGGCGGGAAGCCCAUCAACCUCGUGCUGAACGUCCCACCGAAGAACAGUUCAAAAAACGCCAACUCGUCGGCGGACAACAAGCCUAUGGCGGUAAGCCAGGCGAAGAAGAUCUAUUUGUGA